AUGAUUGAUGUUGUGGUGAGUGGAAUCAAGAGUCUCUAUGAGUCUGAACUGGCUGAUGCUCGAAGAGUUCUGGAUGAAACAGCCAAAGAGAGGGCUAGAUUACAGAUUGAAAUAGGAAAACUGAGAGCGGAACUUGAGGAGCUCAAUAAAAGGUUCUUCCACAACCUCAUAAAAGCUAAAAGAGCUGUAACAAAGAACAAUGUGUUUAUGCCAUCAAGCUUCUGUGAACCCUCUACAGGCAAUUCUGACUCAGAACCAGAGGAAAAGAGCAGUGGAUUCCGUCUGAAGCCUCCAAUACUUAUCCAUGGUCAGGCACCUAGUGCAGGUCUCCCUAGCCAGAAACCGAAGGAACAGCAGCGAAGUGUGCUACGUCCAGCAGUAUUACAGGCGCCACAGCCAAAAGCUUUCUCACAGAUGGUUCUCAGCAGUGGCACCAAUGGUGUAAAUACCCCGCCAGAUUCUGCAGCCACAUCAGAAUCACUAAGUAAUGCAACACCGAAAAGUUCUGACUCUGAAGACAAGGCAGGAAAAUCUCAGAAAAGAGAGUCCAACAGUACUUCAGAUGAUGACAGCUGUGAGAAGGUGGAACUAAAUGCACAGCAAGCAUUUGUAUUUGGACAAAACUUAAGAGAUAGAGUUAAGCUAGGAGAUGAAAGUGAUGAAACUGCCGAUGUGCAGAAUGCUGGCCUUCCUAUAUCAGACAUACCUUCUGCAACAAAUUAUUUUCUACAGUACAUCAGUUCCAGUGUAGAGAACUCUACGAACAGUGCAGAUACCUCUAGCAACAAGUUUGUUUUUGGACAGAACAUGAGUGAGCGAGUCCUAAGUCCACCAAAAUCAAAUGAAGGUAGUACAGAGAGUAAUAAGGAGAAUGCUGCUACAGAGUCUGGGUCUGAAUCAUCUUCUCAGGAAGCCACACCAGAAAAAGCUAAUAAUGUUUCAGAAUCACUGGCAGAGUCUGCAGCAGCCUAUACUAAAGCAACAGCAAGGAAGUGUUUAUUAGCGAAGGUUGAAGUGAUUACUGGGGAGGAAGCUGAAAGUAAUGUGUUGCAG